GGUGCGACCAGUUAGUCUCGGAGGAGCCUGGCUGCCCCGGUGCCUGAGCCACUGCUGGAGAGGGCGAUGGGGUUGCCCUCGCUCCUGCGCCCCCCUGCUGCAGCCGGUGACCAGGCUGGCUGCCCGCCCUGCCGCCCGUGGGCCCUGCUGCUGUGGGCUCUGCUGCUCCUGGCUCCUGCUGCCGGGAAACCCGCGGAUCUCCCGAAGGCCGUGGUGAGCCUGGAGCCCCCCUGGGUCAACGUCCUGCGGGAGGACACCGUGACUCUGAACUGCCAGGGGGCCCAGAGCCCUGGGGACCGCUCCACCCAGUGGUUCUUGAACGGGACGGCCAUCCUAGCCCAGGCCCAGCCCAGCUACAGCUUCCAGGCCAGCAGCAACGACAGCGGGGAAUACAGGUGCCAGACGGGCCAGGCCAGCCUCAGCGACCCCGUGCAUCUGGACGUGACUUCCGCCUGGCUGCUGCUCCAGACCCCUGGCCUGGUGUUCCAGGAGGGGGACCCCAUCGAGCUGAGGUGCCACAGCUGGAAGAGCUGGUCUCUCUACAAGAUCACAUUCUACCAGGAUGGAAAGUCCAAGCGGUUUUCCCACCGGAAUUCCAGCUUCUCCAUCCCGCGAGCAAACGCCAGUCACAGUGGCGAGUACUACUGCUCAGGAUUCAUCGGGCAGUUGUUAUACAGAUCACAGCGCAUGAACAUCACUGUCCAAGUGCCCGGCUCGGGCAACGACUUCCUGGUUGUGACCACGGCGGCCGUGGCCGUGGUCGCUGGCAUCAUUGCUGUGACUAGUGUGGCUGCCAUCGUGACCUGGAUCUGCUUCAAGAGACGCAAGAGUUCAGGAGCCCCUGAGAGCAGGGAAAUAGGAGAGACCCUACCUGAGAAACCAGCUCACCUCACCAAUGCUGAAGAGGCUGCCAAAGUGGAGGCUGAGAACACAAUCACCUACUCCCUUCUCCUGCACCCCGAAGGUCAAGGGGAAGACACAGAUCCCCCGGAUUACCAGAAUAUAUAGACAUGGAGCCGAGAGCCAGACAGGCCAGGAUCAGCGUGUCUUCUAGCCGGAAUCCCCCUGGGGGAGGACGAGAGGGUCCUGCAGUCCCAAAUAAGGAGGGCUGCCCCGAGUUAUCUGCAUUAAUGCCAAGGCCCCCUGUCCCGAGAGCCGCAGACAGCGUGGCCCCAGGUGACGGGCGCUCCUCGUCCCCCUCCCACGUCCACGCAGACAGUAAUACUUGCUUUUAUUAAGAGAUUGUAGCAACAUGGGAAAUACUUAGUUAAAGGUUACAUGGGAAACAUUACAUAAAUACACCUGGUUUCAGAAAUGUUGACACAGACUAACACUGCCGGCCUAUUAAAGUGAUUGUUUCACGGUGAUUGAAUUUCGGGUGCUUUUCUUCCUAUACAGAUCAUGUAUUAC